CGACCGUCCACACAUCAACACCACCACAUUUUCCCUGUUGCCCCUCCGUAUAUGAAUCAACCCAGAUUUGUGUCUCUUCCUCGUCUGGCUGCGCUUAGAGCUUCAUCUUAGGGCAUCUUUGUUGCCUGAACUGCAUCUCCAAACCUGGGUCAUUAUCGAGAAUGGCGAGCUACGAAACUGAACACGCAAGCGAUGCGCCCAACGACUCGCACGACGGGCCCCGACGCCCUGACUUGUCAUCUUUUAUGAGCCUCCUCUCGGAAAUCCGACCUCAAGACCCAGAGACCCGUACUCGAGAAGGCGCCUUGCCCGUCCCAGGCGAUGUUUCUGCAGCAUUCCGCUCCCUCGCCGAAGCAUUCCAGAUCAUGCAAAGAGAUAAUGAUAAUGAGUCGGAUCUAUUAGAGACCAUGAUCCAGACUUUGAUGAGUUCGGCAGAGAGACCGCCCCAAGAAGUCAAGGGCGUGGACGAAGAGUACAUUGCAAAUUUGGAGCGGGUGAAUAUCAAAAAAGUCAAAAAAGAUGCAGAUUGUCCCAUCUGCGGCAAUGCGUUUGUGGAAGAUCCUCACCCACUACUGGUGCGUCUACCAUGUCAUACCAGUCACAUUUUCGACCUCGAGUGCAUCAGACCUUGGUUACUGUUAAAUGGGACAUGCCCACUGGAUCGGUCCGACUUGGCCCAGCGGGAAAGAGACAUCAAGAAGAAGCGUCUCGAAGAAAUUAAGAAGAAUGCCGCAUUGGACGACGAAGAGGAAGAGUGGGAUGGUCUGUAUGGCUAACCUUUGAUCAUCCGCCUGCCAUCAAUUCAUCUAUGCUCACCACCAAACGUCCAAGUCGCCUUAACUCGCUAGACGCCAAGGCACCUCACACCCUUGGGCCAGCCAGUCUCCUCCCCUCCUCUCUCUCAAUACUGUUGAUCCAUCGUCAUCGACUCAAAUGGUUCGUGCUAUGGAUCCCAGACUCCAGCUCGCUCGCUUGCAUGAACACUUUGAGCAGAGGAUGCCACCACGGCCACCCCAAAUUCGCCGGGGAGGAAGCCAAGCAGCACACCUAUGGUGGAUAUUGAGGGGGGCGGACCUCAUAAAGCGCGAUCGUCCUACGAUGAACAGCAUCAACGUCUGUGCAGGAGCUCUCAAAAUCUGAGAAGCCUGACCAAGGUGCCGUCAUGCGACGACCUUGAGCUACCUUAGCGACCUUGGGGUAUAGAAGAUCGGCGAAUACUUGCUGGCCAAGCCGGAUCGCCAAUAAUUGUCAGAAUCUUACAUAGACGUGGAUCCCAUGGAGCAAUGUCUUUU